UCUGUUCACUUGUAGUAUUACUUUCAACGUCAAUACUCAUCAUCAUGUCUGGUCGUGGUAAAGGAGGUAAAGCAAAGGGAAAGUCAAAGACCCGUUCAAGUCGCGCUGGACUCCAGUUUCCAGUCGGUCGUAUCCAUCGUAUGUUGCGCAAAGGCAACUACGCAGAACGUGUUGGAGCUGGGGCUCCAGUCUACCUCGCAGCUGUUAUGGAAUAUCUGGCUGCUGAAGUUCUCGAGUUGGCAGGCAAUGCCGCUCGUGACAACAAGAAGUCUCGUAUCAUCCCACGUCAUCUCCAGCUGGCGAUCCGUAACGACGAGGAGUUGAACAAACUUCUCUCUGGAGUCACUAUCGCUCAAGGUGGAGUUUUACCCAAUAUCCAAGCUGUUUUGUUGCCAAAGAAGACCGAAAGAAGCAGCUCGUAAAUUAACAUCAAUUAAAAAAAAAAAAAAGGCCCUUUUCAGGGCCACCAAAUUUUUUAAAACGAAAGAAUCUUAUUUAAGUUCUUUAACUAGAAAAAUUGUACACUUGAUCCAAUUAUUCCUUACAUCAAUUUUCUCAUAACUCAUUUCAAAUCACAAACAUUUUUAGAACUUGAAUGUAUUAAGGCUUUUUUUUUUCAACACAAGUAUAAAUCUAAUCUGAAAGAUUCCAUCAUUUCAUACAUAUUGCAAUUGUUGAUCCUAACAAACUCUAAUGAUGAAUGAUAUCGAUUUUCAGCAUCAGUAAAUUAUCAUCUAUUUGAUCAAUGAAUGAAAUUUCAAACAUCUUACGGAAGUGCUGAUUUAUUUCGUAGCAUCAACAAAUCUAGUUCUCAAUAAUCAACGACCCCACAGAUCAAAACGAAUCAAUGGAUCUCUGGUUUCACGAAUAAUCGGAAACCGAAACCUCUUAUAUAAUGCAGGUGAUAUUUUUCCUGCAAUAUUCUAAUUAGUGUUGUCACAAUCGGGUGCUAUUAUUCGAUUAUUUACAAUCGGUACUAGACAAUCGAUGUCAUCAAUUAAUCGUCCAUAAGCAAUCGAUUAAUCGAGAAAUCGAUUAAUUUUAGCAAAAAAAAAAAACAAUUGUUUUCUUAAUCAACCGUAUAGUUGUGCAAUCGAUAACUCAACAAUCGAUUGAGGAAAUCGAUUUUAAAAUUUGAAUUUGAAGUUUAAUAUCACAAUGAAA